GCACUGCUCAUCUCCACUACACCCCUUCUCCGCCCAUCCGCCCAUCAGUUCCAGUCCCUUUAAAUCAAUCUCGGCUUCUUGUGCUUCUGGUUGUCUGAUGGACCCGCUCACCGAGGCCCCGGAGUCUCGCUCGGCUCUUUCGCCCGCGUUCUUUCUCGAUGGCGACGAACCCGAGUACUACGCAUUCCACGACCUCAACAUCGACCAGCCCGCCCCUUCCGCUCAAGCCGGCACUUCGAAUCAGCAGAAUCAGGUUUCUUUUGAACAACUCUUGAGAGAAGCAAACGAACUCGAGAAACGGACCGGCCGCCCUGUCAACCGCUCGCCCGAGUCAAUAAACACGACGCCAAUACUCACGCACGACGAAGAUGACGCUGACGACGACGACGAUGUUGAGCGAUAUAUGGCAGAGCACUUUGAUUUCGAGUCGGCCACGACCGUCCUCGCUGAUGCAUCAACAAUAGCGACCGCUCAGAGUACGAACAACAUCACCAUCCGCAACAGUGACUCUGACUCGUCCAUCUUCUCUGUCAAGCGCAACGGCUUCUCCUACCCCCCUUCCCCAAAGUCUUUCUCGUCGCAAAAGUCAGCGCCCGCGGCAGAUUCCUCGACAAAGAAUUCCUCUGUCCGCGCCAUCUCGCCUCCACAGCACUCGCCGCUUUCGACCCCGCCGCCGCUAGAAGACGAGUCCGUUUACGCGAAGCCCCUCGACUGGAGCCCGCCUGAGGUCAUGCCGGACUUUGAUCCGCUCGAUUGGCUGUCUCAAAACACAAAGUACCAGCUCUCAGUUGCGACUGAUACUCUCAAGUCCCGUGUUGAGACUCAGAUAAAGGCCGUGCUUACCUUCAGACCAUCCCCUACUGAACAGAACAUGCAUCUGCCGACCUCUACGAUCGCCAAGGCCAGACAACAGCUGAAGAAGCCCUUCUCGUCCGAUCCCAAGACACUCGAGCUAGACGCCAUCGUUGUCUGUGAUCACAACAGAUACAAAUACAUCAAUGUCUGCCUGGGGUGUAUGAAGAGAGAGCACAAACGUGCUUCUCGGAAGAAGCUGCCGUCUGCCGAUGACACGCACUGGUUAGAGUCGCAGGACAACAGAGGCAUCAUGUUCAACUGUGCUGAACUCUUGGAGAUCCCAGACCCUAAGAACACAACCUUUGCCGCUCAGGAAAACAGUUUGAACGAGAGUCAAAUGGACGACAACAUGAGACAGCUUGAGAUUCCCAUCCGCAUUCCCUGCUACUGCCGACACCACGCAGAGAAGACUGGUUUCAGGGUAUACUUCGUUAUCAAAGACCACACAGGCCAAGUGGUCGCCCGGACAUUCACUGAACCCAUCAUGAUUACGGACGAUCACAAAACAUCAAAUGCGAACGCUCGACGGAAGGCCGCCAACACAGCGGCUACCCAGCCGGCAUCUUCGACAAACGUCUCUGAUGAUUCUCUUUCUGGAUCACCGACGAACGAAUACGGCUUUAGUGAGUCUGCAAAUCCACGCAAACGCAAGAUGUCUCCGCGGUACAGCCGGCGAGCACCCAAUCCGAUGGCUCUCAACGCAGAGUCAAGUCGUCCUACUGCUGAUAGUCAGAGGCUGUCUGUGCCUGGGGCACCUUCGGGCUCGGUGCCUGCUGCUGCUGCCUCAAGUGCUAGCACACAGCCUAAGCAGGAGGUGCCUUUCUUCCGUGCUUUUGAAGACGCAAACUUCACAGCGCAUUCCCAUAGCGUUGAAAGUUUCGGUUUCCCGGCUUAUAGCAGCAACACACCGCUUUCGUUACAGCAGCCUCGUGAACCUGCUAUGUCGUCGCAUGCGUCUUCGCCAAUGUCAAACCCCAGUCCUCUCUCCAACAUCAGCACACCUGAAUCAAGCCAUUCGGUCACUCCGGCGACUGCUUCGGCGAGGAGAGCGGGCAAGAGCAGCACUGGCGCUUCUGCUAACUUAGUGCCACCAUCUUCCAUGACUGCUUCCGCCCCUCCGGCAGACGUGCCAUCUCUGCAGAGACUGAUUCCUACCGAGGGACCCAUUCGCGGUGGUAUCGAAGUGACCAUGCUUGGCAGUGGUUUCAGACAGGGACUUACUGUCAUGUUUGGCGAGCAGCCGGCAGUCAAGACCCACAUCUGGAACGAGAGCACUAUUGUUGCAAUUCUGCCUCCCGCUGCUACGUCAGGGCCUGUGGUCGUCCGACUAAAGAGCUUGACCGAGGUCAACAACCCCCUGAACGAGAGCCUGAAGUUGUUCACGUACAUCGACGACACCGACCGCCAGUUGAUGGAGCUUGCUCUGCAAGUCAUCGGCCUGAAAAUGACGGGUCGUCUUGAGGACGCUCGGCAGAUUGCGAUGCGUAUCGUUCAGCAGACCGGCUCGGGCGGUGAUGCGGGUAACAGCGAAGCUAAUAUCAUGGCUGCUACUACUGCCUCCUCCACUCUCGAGCUGACUUUGCUCAAGUGCCUCGAUCUUGUCGACUACAAUGAGUCACCCCAUAAGGUACAAUGGCAGCUGCAGAAUAGCUCGGGACAGAGCAUGCUCCAUCUUUCUGCGUUCCUCGGAUUUCAGAGAUUGGUGGCAGCUCUUCUGGCCAGAGGCGCGUCUUACAAGCUGAAGGAUCACGCAGGUUUCACACCCCUUCAUUGUGCAACAUUGAGAGGACAUCGUGAAAUCGUGCAGAGGUUCCUGAACUGUGGCGCCGACCCGUUGUCGCGUUCUUCGUUGGGAUAUACCUCGAUUGAUUUGGCUACCGACUCUGCGAUCCUCAAGCUUUUAAAGAAUCACGUCGCGAAUCAUAUCUCGGAAGCCUCUAUCUACCCGUCGCGAAGCUCGCGCCAGUUCAGAAGAAGACUGCUGUCGAACGACAAUGCUGAAGAUUUCCCUGACUGGCCUUCUUCAUCUGGUCCUUCAUCGCCGGCAGAGUCGAUGAGCGAUAGCUACCCUGACUCAUUGGAUGACGAAGCCUCGGAUGCUACGCCGGAGAACAAGGAGGACGAUGAGAGCAGAGGGUGGUCGCGCCGAAGAUUCUUUUUGCGUGCAGGACGCCAGGGAGAUUCGUCGCCGACCGACAAAGCCAAGCAGCUUCAGCUCCGGCUUGCGGAGUAUCUGUCGCAAAUCCAGGGCCAGGCAUUCCGGCCUAACUGGGAUUCUGCCAACCAUUUCAUGCACGACGCUUUUACUUCGUUUGCGUCGGUGCGUCCUACGCUGGCGAAUAUUGCUACAAAUAUCCCUGCUCACAGUCGACGUGCGUUGGAGAACUCAUGGUUUGGCGACUACAUUGCUAGUGCGAUGGGUACCGGGGCCGAGAGAAAGCGGUCGAUGGGCGCCGCUGGUGCACCACCUAGCUAUGAGGAGAUUUAUCCGGAGUCGUCGUAUGUGCAUCCGAGCGUGGGCAACACUGUGGAUGUCAAGACGGCUGAGGCUUCCUCUGUGAAUGUGGAAGAAGAGCCGGAGCCAAAGUUGAGCGAGCAGGAGAUGCUGCUGAAGUUCUGGCAAAACAAGAAGAAGAAGCAGAUGAGAAACGAUUUGAUGCUGUUUGCAUUCUGGUUGCCGGUUCUUCUCGUUGUGUUGUGUUAUGGUGCUAUGAGCAUGUUUGGCAUCCAGAUCUCAGAGUUGAUUCCGAUCCCGGAUAAACUUGUCGAGUUCUUUGCCUCCCGCGCAACCUCAUUGUCGGCGCCAUCGGUGUCGUCAGCGGCGGCAUCUGCUGCGCCAGUGGCGGAGAUGGUAGCUGCUGCUCCGGUCGCUAUUGCCGCAACUUAAUAACGCACUGCUGCUGUUUGGGGUGGUUCGUUUAUUUCAGUUUCCGAGUAUACGCUUUCGAGUGUGCUGAGUUAUCCGGGUUUAGUAAUAAGGUGAUUUUUCAUUUCCUUUUCUUUAUCAGUUUAAGUAUAUAUUCCAUAACGAUAUGUAAAAAAAUAAGGGUGGGAGUUUCUUUUUUUGUGUGCAAGGGUAUAGCUAUACAUUUUUGUCUUUUUUUUGCUUGCUUUUAUUUUCCCAUUAUAUCUGCGUUUAAUUAUCUUGAUAUCUUUUUAGUAUACAAAUACAUACACAAUAUAUAAU